AAAAUCUAUUGAAUUUAAUUGGUGAUGAUUACUGCUUGAAAUUGGAGAUUAUUUUUAAGAUUUUCUUUCUAAGUUUAUAGCUUUAAGUUACUUUAGUAUCUCUAAGUAUCCCUUACUUUUUUCUUCAGUGGGUAACUUAAUUUAAGCAGCUGCCAAGAUGGAGACACCUUUUGUUGCAAUUCACGUUGAUUAGCGGCCAGUCUUCCCUCCCAAACACCCCGUAGCCUUAACCAUUUGAGAACCUUUUCAGCUGCUUCCAAAGAGUGAGAAAAGUUCACAGCUAAUUACAUUGGUUAGUUUAAAGUUUAGGCACAAUUAUCAACACUUUUCAAGGCGCGACAUGAUGGGGCAAAAAACUUGGCCGACACGCCCACAGCCGCCCCGAUAUAUAAGACCAAAGUGAAGGACUGACCACUAACAGUUCUUCUUAGAAAUAAACCGGAAAAGUUCUGCCCAAAAAAGAAAUAAGUUUAAAAUGGAAAAGUCAGAGGAUAGUUCAGCGAGGACUUUCAUGGAACUAAUGCGAGUGCCAGUGCAGUUUUACAGGAGCAUUGGAGAGGAUAUCUACGCCCAUCGAUCCACCAACCCCUUAAAGUCCCUUCUGCUGAAGAUAUAUCUAUAUGCGGGCUUUAUCAACUUCAAUCUGCUGGUGAUCGGUGAACUGGUUUUCUUCUACAACUCAAUUCAGGACUUUGACACCAUUCGCUUGGCCAUUGCCGUGGCUCCUUGCAUUGGCUUUUCCCUGGUGGCUGAUUUCAAGCAAUUUGCCAUGGUCAGGGGAAAGAAAACUUUGAUAUUGCUGCUCGACGACCUGGAGGAUAUGCAUCCGAAGACCUUGGAAAAACAGCAGCAGUAUAAACUAUCGGACUUUGAGAAGAUCAUGAAACGUGUGAUCAAUAUCUUUACUUUCCUGUGCCUGGCCUAUACGACCACGUUUUCCUUUUACCCUGCCAUUAAAGCCUCUGUGAAGUUUAAUUUCCUUGGCUAUGACACCUUUGAUCGCAACUUUGGCUUCCUCAUUUGGUUUCCCUUUGAUGCCACUAGCAGUAAUUUGAUUUACUGGAUCAUGUACUGGGAUAUUGCCCAUGGCGCGUAUCUGGCGGGCAUUGCCUUUCUCUGCGCUGAUCUCUUACUGGUUGUGGUCAUCACCCAGAUCUGCAUGCACUUUAACUAUAUAUCCAUGAGGCUGGAGGAGCAUCCCUGUAGGCCGGAAGAGGACAAGGAGAAUAUUGAGUUUCUGAUUGGGAUUAUCAGAUAUCACGAUAAGUGUCUUAAACUCUGCGAGCACGUCAACGAUCUUUAUAGCUUCUCUUUGCUCCUUAACUUUUUGAUGGCCUCCAUGCAGAUCUGCUUCAUUGCCUUUCAGGUCACCGAAUCAACCAUAGAAGUGAUUAUUAUUUACUGCAUAUUUCUAAUGACAUCUAUGGUUCAGGUUUUCCUCGUGUGCUACUACGGAGACUCUUUGAUAGCUGCGAGCCUCAAAGUAGGAGAUGCUGCUUAUAAUCAAAAGUGGUUUCAGUGCAGCAAGUCCUACUGCAGCAUGUUGAAGUUACUCAUUAUGCGAAGUCAGAAGCCUGCUUCGAUCAGACCCCCCACUUUUCCACCCAUUUCAUUGGUUACUUAUAUGAAGGUCAUUAGCAUGUCGUAUCAGUUCUUUGCCUUGCUGCGAACCACUUACAGCGAUAAUUGA